AAACGCGAUACCAGCGUGUACUUAAUUUACAUUGCCGACUGUACUUUUUUAUCAGUAAACAGACCUACUGAUGAUCUAAUGAUAUGUGAUAUAAGAUAAGAGGAAAAAGUCACUAUAUUUGGAAUGCGGUAACAGUGCUCACGUCAAAAUGGCGAAAAAGUUAUACUAUUUUGAAUUUAACGGGUUAGCAGAGUCCAUCAGAUACAUGUUACACUAUAGUGGUCAAAAAUUUGAAGAUAUAAGAUAUGAACGCAAAACGUGGCCUAUUACAGAAAUUAAAGACUCUCUUCCAUAUGGCCAGCUACCCGUGUACGAGGAAGGAGACCGCAAGCUGAACCAGUCUAUCGCCAUCGCUCGUUACAUCGCCAGCCAGACUGGUCUUUUGCCCUCCGACCCCUGGGAACAGGCUGUCUUGGACGCUGCAGUUUUCAACAUUAAAGACUUUCAAACAAAAGCACGAUCUUACGUAUCGGAGACAGAUCCAGUCAAAAGAGAACAGUUAAAAACAGAGUUUUUCACGGAGACACUGGACUAUUACCUUUCAAGAUUCGAAAAGGAACUAAAAACAAGCAAUGGAUAUUUCGGAGGAACGUUGUCCUGGGCAGAUUUCUACCUAAUGGGGAUCUUAGAGACCAUCAAUACUUAUGCGGGUGUAGAAAUCGAAAAGAACUAUCCCACUAUAGUAGCUCUGUUCAAGACUAUUCGCUCGCUAUCCGGCGUGAAGGAGUAUAUUGCUUCUAGGAAAUCUUAUGUUGUUUAAAUGUCUACUUUUAAAGCUAAACUAUAAUUUCUAUGUAAGGCAAUAUUUCGUUAAUAAAAAAUAUAAAAGAAAUUUGUCAUUAUA